GCCUCCACCCCCCUUGAAAGAGUGGGACUCGCAGCGCUUCGCCCUUCCGCCACUAGGCGACGCCCUUUGCAGCGGAGCGCUCGUUCGUUGGAACCCAGGUCUCCAGAACCGCGCGUCCAUUUUCGUUCCUUGAAAGCGACGUUCCGUUUGAAAGUCUUAUUUGCGGAUAGAUAUGCAGGCACUGGAAAGUAUUCGACAGACCCUAUCCAACCUGGAGCCCCCGCGGAGUCACCUUCUGGCUGCGUCCGUAGUGGGGUUCGGCGGCCUGCUGGCUUGCUAUGUGGCCUGCCGGAGGAAGACCAAGGCCAUUCCUAUGGGCAACGGCUGGUGGGGGAGGGGGCAGAAGCCACUAGCAGAGGAGGAUGAGCGGAUUCACCACUUUGAGGUCAAGACGUCAGACGAAGAAAUUCAGGACCUUUACAAGCGCAUUGACCAAACCAGGUACACUGACCCUCUGGAGGAUGCGCGGUUCCAUUAUGGCUUCAACAGCACCUACCUCCGGAAGGUGGUCUCCUACUGGAGGAAUGAGUUUGAUUGGAAGAAGCAGGUCAAAGUCCUCAAUAAAUACCCUCACUUUAAAACCAAAAUCGAAGGACUGGAUGUGCACUUCAUUCACGUGCGUCCCCCCAACCCCCCCGAGGGCCAGAGAGUCAGAGCCCUCAUGCUGGUCCACGGCUGGCCUGGUUCCUUCUUUGAGUUCUACAAGAUCAUUCCCCUGCUGACCGAGCGCAAGGAUGGCUUGGUGUUUGAGGUCAUCUGCCCCUCCAUCCCCGGCUAUGGUUACUCCGAGGCACCCCACAAACAGGGGUUCAGCGGCAUAGAUGCCGCACGCAUCUUCCUCAAGCUGAUGGAGCGACUGGGCUUCUCCGAGUUCUACCUGCAGGGCGGCGACUGGGGCGCUCUCGUCACCACCGUCAUGGCCCAGAUGAAACCAGAGUGUGUUAGAGGCCUGCACCUGAACUUCUGUAUGGCGAGGAGGAGAGGGUUGAGCAUGAUGCUGUCGCUGAUGAUUGGGCCCUACCUGCCCUUCCUGGUAGGCUUCACCCGAGAGGACGUGAAGCGGCUUUUCCCCUUCAUGGAGAGGAACGUGUACGAGCUGCUGCGGGAAACGGGCUACAUGCACAUCCAGGCCACCAAACCCGACACUGCAGGCUGUGGGGUGAACAGCUCCCCUGUGGGUCUGGCCUCCUACCUCCUGGAGAAGUUUUCAACCUGGACCGACUUCAAGAACAGGGAUCUCGAGGAUGGGGGAUUGGAGAGGAAAUUUACCCUUGAUGACCUCCUCACGAAUGUCAUGAUAUACUGGACCACGGGCACCAUCGUAACCUCGAUGCGCUUCUACAAAGAGAACAUGAACAGAAACGUACAAAACAGGCUGGACUUCAUGAAUGAGGUGUACGUUCCCACGGGGGUGGCAGCGUUCCCCAACGAGUUGAUGCACUGCCCGCGGUCCUGGGCCAGCCUGCAGUACAAAAACAUCCGCUCCUACUCCUACAUGGCGCGGGGCGGGCACUUUGCCGCCUUCGAAGAACCCCAGCUGCUGGCUGAUGACAUCAGGCAGUUUGUGAAGCAAGUGGAGAAACCGUGAUGUUGCCACGCAGGAGGGAUCCUGGACAAGCAGGAGUUUAUUAAUCAGUAUUCCUGACUGACAUUCCUCAAAAGUAUUGAUAGCUACCAUAAGAUGAAAAGUUGAUGCACUGAAAGUCAUAUUUUCUGAAAUUUCUAUGUAAGGGUGUUAACAUAUCCUUCUGAACAAUUUGAGCUCAGAUUUCAUUGUAUGUCAUUAAUUGC